GUGAACAUGGCGUCCGCCGCACGCCCUUCCUUUUCUCUUGGGAACGAGACCCUGAAGGUGCCCCUGGAGCUCUUUGCCCUGAACAGGCAGCGCCUGUGUGAGCGUCUGCGGAAGAACAAGGCAGUGCAGGCCGGCUCAGUUGUGCUGCUGCAGGGUGGUGAGGAGACACAGCGCUACUGCACAGACACCUCCAUCAUCUUCCGCCAGGAGUCCUUCUUUCACUGGGCAUUUGGUGUCAUCGAGUCUGGCUGCUAUGGUGCCAUUGCUGUUGAUGACGGGAAGUCCACCUUGUUUAUUCCCAGGCCUGCCAGCUAUGCCACCUGGAUGGGAAAGAUCCAUUCUAAGGAAUACUUCAAGGAGAAAUAUGCCGUGGAUGAUGUCGUGUACACGGAUGAGAUUGCCAGUGUCCUGACAUCACGGAGUCCCUCUGUCCUUCUCACCUUGCGUGGCGUCAACACGGACAGCGGCAGCGUCUGCCGGGAAGCGUCCUUUGAGGGCAUCAGCCAGUUCAGCGUCAACAACACCAUUCUGCACCCUGAGAUCGUUGAGUGCCGAGUGUUCAAGACAGACAUGGAGCUGGAGGUUUUGCGCUACACCAAUCGGAUCUCCAGCGAGGCCCACCGGGAGGUAAUGAAAGCUGUAAAAGUGGGAAUGAAAGAAUAUGAGAUGGAAAGCCUGUUCCAGCACUAUUGCUACUCCCGAGGUGGCAUGCGUCACACCUCUUACACCUGCAUCUGUUGUAGUGGUGAGAACGCGGCUGUGCUGCACUAUGGACACGCUGGGGCCCCCAAUGAUCGCACAAUCCAGGACGGAGACAUGUGCCUGUUCGACAUGGGCGGAGAGUAUUACUGCUUUGCUUCAGACAUCACCUGCUCCUUUCCUGCCAAUGGCAAAUUCACGAAGGACCAAAGGGCCAUCUAUGAGGCAGUGCUGCGCAGCUGCCGAGCGGUCAUGAGUGCCAUGAAACCAGGUGUCUGGUGGCCUGACAUGCACCGUCUAGCUGACCGCGUCCACUUGGAGGAGCUGAUCCGCAUCGGCGUCCUGAGUGGUGGCGUGGACGCCAUGGUCCAGGUCCACCUGGGAGCUGUGUUCAUGCCUCACGGGCUCGGCCACUUACUGGGCCUUGACGUGCACGACGUGGGAGGCUACCCUGAGGGUGUGGAGCGCAUCGAUGAGCCAGGCCUACGGAGUCUGCGCACGGCACGGCACCUGCAGCCAGGCAUGGUGCUCACGGUGGAGCCGGGCAUCUACUUCAUCGACCACCUCCUGGACCAGGCCCUGGCCGACCCCGCCCAAGCCUGCUUCUUUAACCGUGAGGUCCUGCAGCGCUUCCGCGGUUUUGGCGGGGUCCGCAUCGAGGAGGACGUCGUGGUGACCGACGGUGGCAUGGAGCUGCUGACCUGUGUGCCCCGUACCGUGGAGGAGAUCGAGGCCUGCAUGGCAGGCUCCGACAAGGCCUUUACACCUUUCUCUGCUCCCAAGUAGAGCCAGACGCCCUGCGAGAGCCGGGCCUGGCUUGCAGCCUCUCCCCGAGUCAGCCUGCUGAUUGGCCCUCCGGUGGGGAGAGCCAGUGCUCAGGAAUCAUAGCUGCCACCCACCGUGAUCCUCGCCGAACCCUGCCGUUCCUAACUGCCUGCGACGUUUACCCAGUAAGUUCUGUGCUUUGUUUAAAUGACAGCAACCGAAAAUGCUGAUUGGAAAUAAUACCUUAAUAGCAACCGGGCUGUGUCUGUCAUUUGUGUUCCUGUUCUCAGUUGAGAACCGCGCUGAGAGCUGCGGUGUGGCCCAGUGGUAGCGCCAAUGCGCAGGGCCCUGGGUUUGAUCCCUACGUGAGGAAGGGCGGGAACACAGCUGAGUGCAUCACACAUCUUCUCCUUUCUGCAGACAUUUCAAACCCAAACUGCCUGUUCCCCAUAUUUUCUGAUUAUCAAGCAAGUGGA